AUGGAAGUUGUUAACGUAUUAGACAGAGAAAGUGUUUCAGUUCGUCAUUUGGCAAAGAGGUUUAAUAUUGGGAAAACGCAAGCAGCUGAAAUUGCCAAAAAUAAGGAAGAUAUCAGGAGCAGUAACGGAUGCGAAUGUUGCUUGACCAACACAUGCUCUUGUACGUGCAGCAAAUUCUCAGGCGAUGGACUGAUCGAAGGUGUGGGAUCCGAACAUUGCCGCUCUAUCCUGAUGGGUGGUACCGUGAGGUACUGCGAUGUACUCGCCAUGGGUUCCGAACCAUCAGGUGGUUCCUGGCUGGGGUCAGAUUCUCGCUUGAUCCUGGGCUGUCGCAUCAGGAAUCUGCCUCGUUUGGGACCCAUGUGUGGGAUGUCCUGGAUUGAGAAUGAUACUGAAAAUCUGAUAAAAUAUAAACUAGGCGACUUGUUAAAGAACGAUUUCCCUCCACCUCAAGUUGGCAACCAUUCGAAUUCAUCCAAUGUGACUUAUGAAGAAUCGAAAGCGCUAGAAGAUCCACUGCUUGAAGAUUAUACUGUAUCUGUAGCAAGUGAUCAUGACACAAAAAAGUGAACCUUGCAGCAUAGAAAUAUGCUUGUAUCUGUAAAGUAAGCCAUUACUUGGGUCUUAUUAAGUUUUCUUCGUUUACAUUCAUUAAUGGGUCUAUCGAAGAAGUUAGGAUCAUCUACUACAUCUAAAUUUGAAGAACUUCCACUUUCGUCCCUAUCUGCCUGGAAAAUAUCAUGUGUCGCAUUCGCAAAUCUGUACUCAUACACACUAAUUUGUUUAAAACCUUAAUACGGUAUCGUACAUUUUACAGCUAGUUGUCAUAGUGUAGCAGUAUGCAUAAAUCCUUACUUCCAAAGUUUCACACCUUUUAUUUCCGCGCUUGUAUAUGAUGGUUUUGAAGAAAUAAAUUCCAUCACUCAUAAAUGUCAAUUUUGGGAAAAUUGUCACUUAACCCUUUUACAAAUCCGGCUUCCCUAAUGGUACGAACUUACGCAGUACUCAAUAGUCAUCAAUUAGAAACCACUUGGCUGAGCGCACAGGUGUGUCUUAUGAAUUUUCUAUAAAUUAGUUACUACACGAACAGACGUCAGACGCGAACUGACGGCAGCAAUGAUUACGC